CCACAUUGAGCGCAAAAAACGGCAGCAAUCACAGUGAAUUCCAUUUGCCGUCGUGCAGUAUAUACGUAACAGACAAAAAAAACAAUAAAGUGCAACUGAAGCGGAAAGUGAAUGCAAAGUGAAUGAAAUAAAUUCGAACUGCGGCAGAGAAGUGAGUGAGCUGAGCUUAAGGAACCGCAACGGCGGCCGAGAAUCAUGAGCGAGAAACGAAUCGCACACAAAACUGUCAUCAAAUGACAAAUGCUUGACAGCAUCAAUCAACAAGAGCGACGACAGCGACGAUGGCAGCCCGUUGCCGGUGGAGCUGGCGCCUGGCGCUCUGCCCUCUGCUGUUGCAACUGCUUCUGCUUCUACUUCUGCUUCUGCUGCCAGCGGCGAUGGGCCAUGAUGAAACCAAAGAAACUCCCGCUCCGGCCAUGCAAAACCGCCAGGAGCAGCAGCCAUAUGCCCACCUGCAACAUCUGCAGCAGCACCAGCAACAGCAAAAUCCACAAACCGUCCAACAACUUAGCCAAAUUGCCGUGAAUAGAACCGCGAAAGCGCCCACUGCCACGCCCACGGGCAUCAGGGAGAACGUGAUGCUGCCAUCGGCCGAUCCCGAGAAGGAGGCCCAGAUCCUGUACGAGAAGUCCCUUCAGGAGUACCACGGCAGCCAGCUCUCCACCGCCUCCACCUCCCCCUCCGCCGACGUCAUCGGCGGCAAGCGGACGCUGUACGCCGUUUGCGAGCGGUGGCUGCAGAAGCACUGCCACUGCACCGGCAGCCUGGAGGUCCUGCGGCUCAGCUGUCGCGGAAUAGGCAUCCUGGCCGUGCCCGUCAACCUUCCCAGCGAGGUGGUCGUCCUAGAUUUGGGUAACAACAACUUAACCAAAUUGGAGGCGAACUCAUUUUUUAUGGCACCCAAUCUGGAGGAGCUAACUUUGUCGGACAAUAGCAUCAUUAAUAUGGAUCCCAAUGCAUUCUAUGGCCUGGGCAAGCUGAAACGAUUGAGCCUGCAGAACUGCGGCCUCAAGUCCUUGCCACCGCAGUCGUUCCAAGGACUUGCCCAACUGACCAGCCUACAGCUGAAUGGCAACGCCCUGGUCAGUCUGGAUGGCGAUUGCCUGGGCCACCUGCAGAAACUGCGCACCUUGCGAUUGGAGGGCAAUCUCUUCUAUCGCAUUCCCACGAAUGCCUUGGCCGGACUCAGAACCCUAGAAGCACUCAAUUUGGGCAGCAAUUUGUUGACAAUAAUAAACGACGAGGACUUUCCGCGAAUGCCAAACUUGAUCGUCCUUUUGCUGAAGCGAAAUCAAAUCAUGAAAAUCUCCGCGGGAGCUCUAAAAAAUCUAACCGUCUUAAAAGUUUUAGAGCUGGACGAUAAUUUAAUAAGCAGCCUGCCCGAAGGACUCAGCAAAUUGUCGCAACUGCAGGAGCUUUCCAUCACCAGCAAUCGACUGCGCUGGAUAAACGACACGGAACUGCCCAGGAGCAUGCAAAUGCUGGACAUGAGGGCCAAUCCGCUGUCCACAAUUUCGGCAGGGGCGUUUCGGGGGAUGACCAAGUUGCGGAAGCUGAUUUUAUCGGAUGUGCGCACUCUGCGCUCGUUUCCCGAACUUGAGGCCUGCCAUGCGCUGGAAAUACUGAAACUGGAUCGAGCCGGCAUUCAGGAGGUGCCAGCGAAUCUGUGCCGUCAAACGCCAAGACUGAAGAGUUUAGAACUAAAAACCAAUUCCCUAAAACGCAUCCCAAAUUUAAGUAGCUGCAGAGACUUAAGGCUGUUAGAUCUAUCGAGCAAUCAAAUUGAAAAGAUCCAGGGGAAGCCCUUCAAUGGAUUGAAGCAGUUGCACGAUCUGUUGCUCUCCUACAAUCGAAUCAAGGCACUGCCCCAAGAUGCCUUUCAGGGCAUUCCGAAGCUCCAGCUUCUGGACCUGGAGGGCAAUGAGAUCUCGUACAUACACAAGGAGGCCUUCUCCGGCUUCACAGCCCUCGAGGAUCUUAAUUUGGGCAACAAUAUUUUCCCAGAGUUGCCUGAAUCGGGUCUGCGCGCUUUGCUGCACUUAAAAACCUUCAACAAUCCCAAGCUUAGGGAGUUUCCCCCACCUGACACCUUUCCCAGGAUCCAAACUCUUAUCCUCUCGUAUGCCUACCACUGCUGCGCGUUCCUCCCCUUGGUGGCCAUGUCCUCCCAGAAGAAAACCUCCCAGGUCCAGGAGGCUGUCCUCUUUCCCUCCGACGCGGAGUUCGAUAUGACCUUGUGGAACAAUAGCAUGAUGAAUAUCUGGCCACAAAUGCAUAAUCUCAGCAAGCAGUUGGGUGCGUCCAUGCACGAUCCUUGGGAGACGGCGGUCAACUUCAACGAGGAGCAGCUGCAGACGCAGACGGGAGGCCAGAUCGCCACCAGCUACAUGGAGGAGUACUUCGAGGAGCACGAUGUGAGUGGGCCUGCCACGGGCUACGGAUUCGGUACUGGACUCUUCUCUGGCAUGUCCACAGAGGACUUUCAGCCGGGUUCGGUGCAGUGCCUGCCUAUGCCAGGACCUUUUUUGCCCUGCGCCGAUCUGUUCGACUGGUGGACUCUGCGCUGUGGAGUGUGGGUGGUGUUUCUUCUGUCGCUCCUGGGCAACGGAACGGUGGUGUUUGUGCUGCUGUGCUCGCGAUCUAAGAUGGAUGUGCCCCGGUUUCUAGUCUGCAAUCUGGCCGCGGCGGACUUCUUCAUGGGCAUCUACCUGGGCAUCUUGGCCAUUGUGGAUGCGGCGACGUUGGGCGAAUUCCGCAUGUUUGCCAUUCCUUGGCAGAUGUCCGUGCUCUGCCAGUUGUCCGGAUUUCUCGCCGUACUCAGCUCAGAAUUGUCCGUUUACACGUUGGCAGUGAUCACCUUGGAGCGCAAUUACGCCAUCACUCACGCCAUUCACCUGAACAAGAGGCUCUCCUUGAAGCAGGCGGGAUACAUAAUGAGUGUGGGAUGGGUUUUUGCCCUGAUCAUGGCCUUGAUGCCCUUGCUGGGAGUCUCGGACUACAGGAAGUUUGCCGUGUGCCUGCCAUUCGAGACCACCACUGGACCGGCCAGCUUGACCUACGUAAUCUCGUUGAUGUUCAUCAACGGAUGCGCUUUUCUCACACUGAUGGGUUGCUACCUGAAGAUGUACUGGGCCAUUAGGGGCAGCCAGGCAUGGAAUACGAAUGACUCGCGAAUCGCCAAGCGAAUGGCUCUGCUGGUCUUUACGGAUUUCCUCUGCUGGUCACCGAUCGCCUUCUUCUCCAUCACUGCCAUCUUCGGUCUGCAACUGAUUUCGCUGGAGCAGGCCAAGAUCUUCACGGUUUUUGUGCUGCCCUUGAAUAGCUGCUGCAAUCCCUUUCUCUACGCCAUCAUGACCAAGCAGUUCAAGAAGGACUGUGUGACGCUGUGCAAGCACUUCGAGGAAUCCCGCGUUGUGGGAGGCGGUGGACCGGGUGGCCGUGGCGCAGUCGCCAGGACCAAGAGGGGAGAGCUCCCGCCACCGCUCCUGCCCGCUGCGGCGGUGGCACAUCCGCCAGGCUGUCGCUGUCUACGGAUGCUGCCCAGCGAAAUGCCCAACUGGCACAAAAUGGAGCAGGCGCCGAGCUUGUGGCAGAGACUGAGAACCUUCUGCUGCGGGGAGAGUCGGAGGCGCCGCAAACAGCGUCGGCAACCGCAGCAGCGACGUCAGAGAGCCUAUACUGCCGCAGCCGCGAAUCCGUAUCAGUAUCAGUUCGCUGAACUGCGUCAGCAACGCCAGAAUCGAGCCAGUUCCAUUUCCAGCGAGAACUUCUGCAGCUCCAGAUCCUCCAGCUGGCGACAUGGGCCACCAUCCUCCGCUCCCGUGCCACCGGGUAACUGCAGCAUGCCGCUGAAGAUGCUGGAGCCACAUGCUCAUCCGCACGGCCAUGGGCGAAGGCGCCACUCCGCCUGGCUGAUCACGCGGAAAACGUCGCAGGACUCGAACUUGUCCAGCUCGCGCAAUGACUCCUCCGCCUCGGCCACCACCGCCAGCACCUCCACCUUCCGGCUAUCCCGGUCCAGUGCCGGGAGCAGCACACCACUACCCUCGAUCAUAGCCCACAACGGGAAGGGCCAGCUGGAUGCAGUAAAGCCACGUCUGGUGCGCCAGGAAGCAGUGCAAGAGGAAGAGGACUCGUCACCACCUCGUCUGGGAGUGCGCUUUCUGCCCACCAUACCCUCAGCAGCCGACAGUUCCGUCGUCAUGGAGGAUGGCGACUCGGCCACCACGGGAGUGGCCAGUUUUCUGGGCAUGCCGCUUCCUGGGGCGUCCAGUGGCUUCCUAAUAGCGGCAACCACUGCCACGGCCACCUCCCCACCACCAGUGGUGCUGCAGCCAGCAAAGCCGCCGCCCGAUCCCAACGACGCGCCACUAUGAUGGUGGCACUGGCGCUGGCGAAGAUUGGAUGGGGCCAACCGGGAGACCUUUCUGUAAAGGUAAUGGGGAAC